AUGGGCAUUCACUUCGGGAAUCUGGGCUAUGUUCGCCACGUUAUCACCUACAGCCUCUCUCCUUUCGAGCAACGCGCUUUCCCGAACAUCUUCUCGCAGGCUUUGCCCAACGUUUGGCGGCGUUUCAGCUCCCAGGUCUUCAAGGUGGCUCCCCCUUUUGUGGGAGCCUAUCUCCUUUAUUCCUGGGGGAUGCAAGAGUUUGAGCGGCUGAAGAGGAAGAACCCCGCUGACUAUGAAAACGACCAGUGA